UAACAUUAAUGUUUCACUUGUAUCUCAGACUUGUGCUGGUACACAGCUAGAAAAAUUCAGGCAUGGAUGUAUUCAAUCUCCAGAUUAGUUGGACAUCUUUCAUCAUAUGGUUUCUGCAUGUGUUGGUGUGUGAGUGUGUUCCACUGCCAGACUCAGACCCUCCGAUGUACGGGGAGAUCCAUUCCCCCGAGUAUCCUCUGCCCUAUCCCCCCAACCUGCAGAAGCAGUGGGAGAUCAACGUGCCGGAGGGCUUCCAGAUCAGCCUGACCUUCACACAUCUGGACAUUGAGGCCUCUGCAGGCUGCUACUACGAUUCCAUCACAGUCCUAUACGAUGAAAAGGUCCUUGGAAAGUUUUGUGGCAAUGAGAACUCUGCUGAUGGACAUCACCCCGGCUACCAGCUAUCCUGUGGCAGUGGCGUAUUUGAUGAGCUGGAAGGACACUUGAUGAGUCCGGGUUAUCCGAAUCCCUCGCCAGAUGCUUUGUCCUGUCAGUAUAUCAUUUCUGUGGAGUCUGGCUUCACUCUCUCCCUUAACUUCUCUGACAAAUUUCACAUUGAGAGUGUGGACACAGAGGAAGGCCUAAACUGUCCCCAUCACUGGUUGGAGGUGAUCAUCCCAGGCAGAAAUCCCAUGAAGCUGUGUGGGGGAACAAGUCCAGGAUUAAUAAAUACAAACUCAAACAUUGUCAAGCUGGACUACAACAUUGAUAAUCAGGGACAAAGCAAUGGAUGGAGCCUGGACUACAGCACACACAGAGUGACGUGUCCAGUUCCUGGACAAGUCGCUAAAGGAAAGGUCACCCCUUCCUUAACUGAGUACUUCUACAGAGAUUAUAUUUUUGUGCGCUGUGAUGAAGGAUACAAACUAAUGAUGGAUGGUGUGGAGUUAAUGGGUUUCUCUACCAUGUGCCAAAGCAACGGAGAGUGGCACCUCCCACUGCCUGAAUGCCACAUAAUUGAUUGUGGAGAACCUGAACCUCUGCUGAAUGGAGGAGUUAACUUCUUGUCUGGCUUCCAGAACCAAUAUCUUUCUGUUGUUCAGUAUCAUUGCAAUGAACCAUUUUAUUCACCAUAUGGUGGCAAUAAUGUUUCUCUCACCUGUGAAGCGGAUAGACGGUGGAGAUCCAACCAUGAUGUUAUUUUAAGACCAGCAUGCCUACCAGUUUGUGGUCGACCAACAAAACAAAAUGAAAAUCACUUUCAGAGGAUUAUUGGAGGAAAUGAUGCUGGAGAGCAUACCAUCCCAUGGCAAGCUUUCAUAAAUGUAGGUAACAGCAGGGGAGGAGGCAUGAUCAUAGCAGAUCGCUGGAUUUUAACUGCAGCUCACGUGGUUGUGAUGAAUGGACAAGUACAAACUCCUGAGGCCUUUUCUAUUCAUUUUGGACGUACAGAUGUUCACCAAAUUUUAGAAACUCCUUCCCUGAAUGCAACUGCAGUCCAUGUCCACCCUCAGUACAAUAAUCCAAACGGUUUAAACUAUGACCACGACAUUGCAUUGAUAAAACUUAAAGACCCGGUCACAUUCGAAGCAGCAAUAAUGCCACUGUGUUUGCCAUCAGAGGAUGACAGAUAUGACUCUGGAAUGAUUGGGCUGGUAUCUGGUUUUGGCAUUACAGACAAGGGGAAUCAGCGGCGUUUUCUAACAAAUAAGCUGAAGUAUGUGCAUAUUCCAGUGGUGGAACAGGAAAGAUGCAGUAAUUCUUUGAAGCUAAUACCUAGAAGCCGGAAACCAAUAGUGACAGACAACAUGUUCUGUGCUGGAACUCCUGAAGGCGGGAAGGACUCUUGCCAAGGUGACAGUGGGAGUGGCUUCACUCUGCAAUCUGAAGAUGGACGAUUCUGGGCUGCUGGGAUUGUCAGCUGGGGGAUUAAUUGUGGACAGAAAGGAACAUAUGGAUUUUAUACCAAAGUGGCAAACUAUGUAGACUGGAUUAACAAGAUCAUGCGGGAAAAUUGAAAGCAUUCAAACAUUGAAGCUUCAUAGAAGCAUUUAAGCACAACAACAACUUAAGCUAUAUACACAGAGAAAAAAUAACAUGUGGUGAACUAAAUUUAACAUAAAUGAAUCUGUGAACUCAACAGUAAAAAAUUAAAUUAGUAUCUUUACAGUAUCUUUAUGCAGUAUUGAAGACAAAAAUGUUUGUUUUCAGGUAAAAUUGUUUUCAGAAAAUAAAUUGCUGAAGUACUAGGAGCCUUUCUCUUUAAAUUCAUCACACAACAAUAAACAAUCUUGUUAUCUUUACUGUGUUCAAAACAUCAAAUACUACCCAUCAGGCAUCAGAGUUUGCAAGCACCAAAAGACCAGCGGUGAUUUGAAGUACACUGAUAAAAAUAUUUUGCUCUGUCUACUUAAAAAAUGAAGUUAUGAAGUUAAUGUUCAGGACAUCCCCAGAUGUUACUCUAGUGAAGCAAACCUGUAAACCAAAGAUAAAGUUUUGAACAUUUGUGCAACUGAUUUCUGUGUUGAAAAAUAAAAUAUGGACUGAUGACCA